AUCUCCAUAACGCUACUUCUUCCCACUCGGCACACUUCCCCCGCGCUCACAAAGUAAUUACUUCCCCGCUCCGCGUCUCUUCCGGGGAAAGCACCGGCCUCGGGUUGCUUUACUCCGUUCUCUUGGGCUGAAGAUGACUAUUAUUGCAUAGAAGGAAGCACAGCAGCUAGUUAGUUGGCUCCAGCAGCCAUUCAGGCCUGUCCACGCUCUUGUGUGAGCGAGAUUGGAAUACAGACGGAGAAUAUCCGAAAAUGUCAUCUGGACGGUCUAUUUUGGGACUUCGGCCAAGUUUCCGGAGGGUUGAUUCCUGGAUUCUCUGUACGAGUAUAUAUAUAUUGAUGGAUGAGGUCUGGUCUUUUGGUGGUACAACUUCGAAGUCUGAUCAAAUAUAUGGACGUCCAGUCUCUGGUUUAGCUAUCUUUUUGUUAGACACGAUUUCUUUUUCUUUUCUGCUUCCUUUUGUAAACCAAACAGAUUCUCUUUGCUGUGACCACAAUGUCACCCGUUCAAUACGACCAUGUCAUCCAGCUUCCGACAACGCCCAAGGUCGAUGAUAGCACCGUUGACCCACGAGCGAUAGCCCAGCAAUGGAUAUCCUGUCUCGAGACCGUCCUCUCGCAAAAUUCCAUUUCCAGACUCGGAGACCUCUUCCAUGAAGAAUCAUGGUGGCGCGACAUGAUCGCUCUUGAAUGGAAUUUUCACACCAUUCACGGCCUCUCCCGCAUCCAGGAUUUCCUGACCCAGAAUCAACCGCAAGCGCAACUAUCCAGCUUUCGUCUGCAGGAUAAAGGGAAGUAUCAGCCAAGUCUGGCCAAGCCGGCCCCGGACAUCCAUUUGCAAUGGGUGGCGUCGAUGUUCUUCUUCGAAACGAAGAUUGGUCGAGGUACUGGAUUCUUGCGUCUCACGCCCAAUGCGGAGGGGAAGUGGAAGGCGUAUGCGGUUUAUACCUCCCUGCAGGAGUUGAAGGGGUUUGAUGAGCCAUUGGGCCCGAAACGAGUGUAUGGUACGCUUGAUUCAAUGCCGGAUGGUCCCAGUGGAGGGACUUGGUUCGAGAGGCGGCAGAGACAGAUGGAAUUCCUGGAUGAGGAGCCCCGGGUGUUGCUCAUUGGUGCUGGUCAAUCUGGAUUGAACCUUGGAGCGAGGCUACAAUCUCUUGGUUUGUCGUGUCUCAUCGUGGAUAAGAAUGAAAGAGUAGGAGACAAUUGGAGACAGAGAUACAGAACUCUCGUUACUCAUGACCCGGCGGAGUUUACGCACAUGGCUUAUCUUCCCUUCCCCAAGAACUGGCCCCAGUUCACACCAAAGGACAAGCUUGGAGACUGGUUUGAAGCCUACGCCAGCCUUAUGGAACUCAAUGCCUGGACAAAGACGACUAUUAAGUCGGCGGUAUAUGACGAUGCCAAGUCUGAGUGGACAGUCACUGUGGUCCGCGACGGACAGGAGAGGACUUUCCAUCCUCAUCACGUCGUCUGCUGUACCGGUCACUCUGGCGAGCCUAAGAUUCCGACCUUUCCUGGGCAGCAAGACUUUCAGGGCCUUGUAUAUCACGGUAGUCAGCAUACGGAUGCGUCUCAACAUGAUGUUAAAGGCAAGAAGGUUAUUGUGGUCGGCACAGGAAACAGUGGUCACGAUAUCGCAGAGAACUUUUAUGAAAAUGGGGCAGAGGUUACUAUGCUCCAGCGGAGUGGGACAUAUGUUAUAUCCCUUGACAAGGGUGUCUUUAUGAUGCAUGAGGGCGUUCACGAUGAGUAUGGACCACCCACCGAGGAAGCCGAUAUAUUCACUGAGAGUCUACCGUGGCCUGUCCAAUUUGCCCUCAAUGUCUACGGGACGAAGCGCAUCUCUGCCGCUGACUCUGAUCUUCUUUCCGGCCUCACUGCUGCGGGAUUCAAGCUCAACUUUGGAAUCGAUAAUGCCGGCAUUUCGCGUCUGUACUAUACCCGAGGUGGCGGAUAUUACAUCGAUGUCGGAUGCAGCAAGCUGAUCAUAGACAGAAAGAUUAAGGUCAAGCAGAGUCCUGAAGGUAUUAGCGGCUUCACCCACAACGCUCUCGUCUUAAAGGAUGGGUCAGAACUUGAAGCUGAUAUCGUGGUCCUCGCCACGGGAUAUGACAACAUGCGCACUUCAGUGCAUAAGAUCCUGGGAUCUAAAGUUGCGGAAAGAUGCAAAGAUGUUUGGGACCUGGACGAGGAAGGAGAGCUUAACGCGAUGUGGCGGCCAAGCGGCCACCCCAAUUUCUGGUACAUGGGAGGAAACCUGGCGCUAUGCCGAGUGUACUCAAAGUUCCUCGCUCUCCAGAUCAAGGCAGCUGAAGAGGGGCUAUCUUCCAAGUCGAAGGCCUUGGACUCGAAGCUGUAGGUUUGGGAGUUGCAGAGCUAAGUAGGGUCAUUAGUUUCGAUAAGGAAAUAUUAGACUUGGUAUUCUUUAAUAGUAUUCGCAGUAUUUGGUCAUAUUAAGUAGAUUUUUUG